AUGACGGAAUUAGACUUCAAGAAAAUUCUACCUAUGAAUAGAAUGAAGUGGAAGUGUUCGGCAUGUAAGAUAAAAAAGAAAGCUACUACUUCGACGACUUCACCUACACCUACUUCGGCUUCGCCCUUGAACGUGGACACGGAGGUCUUGGGAAGGGGAGGGAAGCAAUCGGAUCGCCAACAGAUACCUGGUAAUACUGGUUCAUUACAGGAUAGGGACGCCUUGGUAUCAGCUAUAAGUAAUCAAGUACUUGAAGCUAUUAAAACUGAACUGCCGCAGAUGAUAUCCAGAAUAUUGAAAACAGAAUUAUCAUCCAUUAAAGAUGACUUGUUGGAUUUUCGCCAGUCUGUUGAUUUCCUGAGCACAAUGCAUGAUGAAAUGAAGUCUGCGAUAGAAACUUUAGCCAAAGCUAAUGCAUUAAUUUCUAGGGAAAAUUUAGAACUCAAGUCCACUGUGUCAGAACUAUCUGAUCGCCUAAAUAAUUUGGAGCAACAUAUGCGCGAGAACAACUUGGAGAUGCAAGGUGUACCUGAGCACCAUAAUGAAAAUUUACCUAAUCUUCUUAAACAAUGUUCUCGUGUAAUAGGUCAUGAUUUGAAGGAAGAUGCAAUAGUAAAGUGCACUAGAGUCGCUAAGUUGAAUAAAGAAAGCAAGCUACCUCGUAGUAUAAUUGUCAAGUUUAGAUGCGUGGAAGAUCGUGAUAGCUUUUACUCUGCUGUAUAUAGAUAUAAUAAAUCCAACUCUAGUGACAAAUUAAAUACAUCUUUACUAGGAAUCGCGGGUGAUAAGAAACCUGUGUAUGUGAGUGAACAUUUGUCGCCUUCCAACAAAUCUUUACAUGCCGCGGCUCGUAAAAGGGCGAAAGAACUUGGAUAUAAAUUUACAUGGGUAAAAAGUGGACGUAUAUACGUUCGAAAAACUAUUGAUUCUAAGUAUAUAUUGAUUAAGAAUAACAAAAGCCUUGCUCUAAUAAGUUAAUACUAUCAGUGCAUAUU